AUGAUCCAGCGAGUGCUCCAGCGCAGCACAGUCGCUGUCAGCACGCCACCAGUUUGGCGGCUGCUUGUGCUACCGCAGCGAGGCUACGCUUCCAAAAACACCGGUGCAAAACCCUCCAGAGAUGAGCCCUACUCGGACCUCUUUCUCACCAAGAGCUUGUCCAACAAGUCGUUCGACAGUGGCUUUAUUCGAUGCACUACCUUCGACAACCACGGCACCAUCGUCCACCACGGCAAGGAUAUCCGCAAGGUGGAGUUCAUGAAGACCCACAACUUGGUGGCACGAGACUUCAGAAAGAUCUCCCGCCAUCUGCACGCGGGCGGUAACUCCGCCUUCUUCGACAUGGUACCAUCCAUCGUGACCAGAAGCGACAGCAUCCUCUUGAACCUCCUCAACGUGCGGGCCAUGAUCAAGAAGGACAUGGUAGCCAUCUUCGAUAGCUCCAGCUACUCCACGGGAGGAGGGCGUGGCAGCAGGCUCAAUGAGUCCCGUUCUCAGUCCAUGUUCUUCAAGGACUUGAGCGAACGGUUGGCCAUCCAGGGCGACGAGUUGCCCUACGAGUUCAGGGCCAUGGAAGCAGUGUUGGUGCACGUCAUGACCAACUUGACCACCGAAAUGAAUGUUCACAUCAGGGUGCUUCAAAACAUCUUGAACGGCCUCGAGGACAAUAUCGACAGAGUGCGAUUGAGAUACUUGUUGAUCGAAUCAAAGAAAAUUGCCCAGUUCCACCAGAAGGUCCUCUUGAUCAGGGACUUGUUGAAUGACAUCAUCGACAACGACGACGAAUUGAACGACUUCCAUCUCACCGACAUUCUGAAAGGCCAGCCACGUACGGGAACCGACCACGCCGAGAUUGAGUUCCUUCUUGAAUCCUACUACAAGACCAGCGAUGAGAUCGUCCAGACGGUCCAGAACUUGAAGUCCCAGAUAAAAACCACCGAGGAAAUCAUCAACAUGGUGUUAGAUUCCAACAGAAACGAGCUCAUGUUGCUAGGCUUAAAGUUCUCCACCGGCUUGUUGUCUACAGGUAUAGCCUUGUAUGUCUCGGCGUUGUAUGGUAUGAACUUGGAAAAUUUCAUUGAGGAAUGCGACGGAGGGUUCGAGCUUGUGGUGGUAGUUGGCUCUGUUCUUUUCGUGGCAUUGUUAUUGUUUAGUGUCAACAAGUUGAAGAACUUACAAAAGGUCACAAUGACUGGUGUACAUAGAGAAGGUAGGUUCAAAAAGUGA